AAAAAAAACCGACAUGCAGAUUUAAAUUUCAAAGUUUCAAACUCAUUAACAAGAACGAGAAGUCGAAAUUCUUGGAAAAGAUUCGUUACAAAAGUGUUUAGUUCUUUAGUAUCUUGUAAUUAUUGUUUUUACUAUUCUAUUGUUGGAUAAUUUUAUUUUUAAAAUGUAUGUCAAAGUGAGAUUUGUCGGUCAUCCCGACGUUGUUUUACCAGUCGAUUCCAAGCUUACAAAGAUCGAAGAAUUUAGACUUGUUUUAAUGGAGAAAUUUAAAGUGCAACCUGAACGCCAGAACUUAUUUUAUUCUGGAAAGCUGCUGGAAGACGGGUAUACAUUCUAUGAUUACAACAUUAGGCUCAACAAUGUUAUUCAACUUAUAGAAAAAAGUUUACUAAGUGAAAAAAAAAAUAGUGAUGCAACAACUAAAAAUGUGGAGGAAGAAGAAUCUAAUGAGGAGAUAGAAUAUGAAGAUGCAACCAGUACAUUGUACAAAGUGGGGGACUUAGUGGACGCGAGACAAAGUGAAGGUUAUUGGUUGGAGGGCAAAAUAACAAGAAUAGUUUUUGACCCCACAAAAGACAAUGUGCCAACAAACAAAUUGGAUGUGGAAGAAAUUUCCAAUUAUAACAUUUUAUAUCAAGUGUCAUUGGAUAACAAUCCAGAUGAUCAUAUAUUUUGCAAACCAUCAGAAAUAAGACCAUUAGCCCGCAAAGUUAUUAAUCCAAGUGACUUGAAAACAGGCCAGAUUGUUAUGAUUAAUUUUAACUUGGACCAACCAGGGGAAGUAGGAUAUUGGUAUGACUUCAAAGUGGAACAGAUAUUGAAAAUCAAAAGAACAUAUAGCCUUAUAGGAACACUGUACUUAGGACUGGAGUCUAUACCACAAAACAACACUAAAGUACAGGUUAAAGAUAAAAUAUUUGAUAUUGAGAAACCAGUACCAUUGCAGGAGCGAAGUCAAGAGUAUUUAAACAAGACCUCAAAUGCACCACAAAAAAGAAGCAGUCCAUUCCUUUGUGACAAGUGUCUCGACGAUUGCGACGUGGACUGCAAGUACUGUGGAUGUUACACUUGUGCUGGGAAAGAAAGCCCCAACGAGAUUUUACUAUGCGACGAAUGUGAGCAUGGCUUCCACAUGAAGUGUCUGGUGCCGCCGCUGACGGUGGUACCGACUGACGACUGGUACUGCCGCGACUGCAAGCGCGACGUGACCGAAGUGGUGGCGCCCGGCGCCGCGCAGCAGGCCAAGAAGGCCAGGGCGGGCACCAGCCGCGACUGGGGCCGCGGAAUGGCCUGUAUGGGAAGAACGAAAGACAGUGAUAUGCCAGCUGAUCACUUUGGUCCUAUGCCGGGUAUAGAAGUGGGCAUGUCCUGGCUAUACCGCAUACAGGUCUCAGAAACUGGGCUCCAUAGACCGUCAGUGGCAGGCAUACAUGGUCGAGCCAAUGUAGGCGCUUUCAGCAUAGUGUUAUCAGGUGGUUACGAAGAUGACGUGGAUAACGGCAACCAAUUCACGUACACGGGCAGCGGCGGGCGCGACCUGAGCGGCAACAAGCGCACUGCGGGCCAGUCGUGCGACCAGGAGUUCUCGCGCUCCAAUCAAGCUCUGGCGUGCAACUGUGCUGCGCCUCUCAACGCCAAAGGCGCAAACGCGGGCGCGAAGUGGCGCGACGGGAAGCCUGUUCGAGUCCUGCGCUCGGUCAAAAUGUUGAAGGUCUCCAAAUACGCGCCCAAAGAAGGUAUACGUUACGAUGGCAUUUAUAAAGUAGUAAAGUACUAUCCAGAAAAAGGUUUAGCUGGUUUCCAAGUGUACAAAUACCAUUUGCGCAGAGACGACCCGAACCCAGCGCCUUGGGAGCGCAAAGCGAAACAAUACCCUAUUGAGUACCCAGAUGGAUAUUUGGAAGCCAAAAUGAAGAAAGAUGCGGGCAAACCGAUGCUCAAAGCGUUUCUAACAACUGACGAUGCUGAAGUUAGCAAGUUAUCGGAUAGCCUUGACAAUACACUAUCCAGUAUUGAUAACACUGACAGCUAUAAAUCUAGAAAACGGAAACGUUCGGCGAAUGACGAAAUGAAAGAAAACAAUGGAAAGAGCAAGCCUGGUGCUGAAAAAGCUUCAGGUUCAACAUUGAAGAAAAGUCAAGAAAAUUUGGUUCUUACUAAGGACGAACAGAACUCGAUAAAUAUGGACCAAAAGAAUGCUAAAUUGUGGCAAGAAUGCCUUAAAAUCAACGAAUCGAGAACGAAAUUCAUCGAGCAAGUCCAACAAGUGUUCCGGUGCAUCAUAUGCCAGGGGCUAGCAGUAUCCCCUGUCACAACGACUUGCCUGCACAACUUCUGUCAGAACUGUAUAAAGCGGGCCUUCAAAGUGACAGAUUCGAAGUCGUGUCCAUACUGUCGGCAAUCGUUGGCGGACUUUGAAAUUACAAAGAACACUCACCUCAUGGGAGCUCUGCGAAUUUUGCUACCAGGGUAUGACGCUACGCAGAAGUAGUGCGUUUACGAUCAUAUCUCAUAAUAUAGUCUGGCAAGUUUGUUAAUUACACUCCCAUGAUAUGCGGGCGACGGGGGGAAAGACUGCGUGGGUGUGAAAUCGAGCGUGCGGGGAAGUGACGUGCAUCAGUCGUGGGUUUUUCAUUCAUCGCUACACGCCCCCCCGGCCCACGCAGAUCAUCGGGAGUGUUAUAAACAAAGUUGCCAAGCUAUAAUAGUGUAUUGCACAUAAGUACAAAAUAGAUAGGAUAUCUUAUAGAUUAUGUAGGGUAGAGAGUGAACAAUCUCAUAUGGAAAAAAUGUUCAAGCUAUGAAGCAUUAAAUAAUAACUAUUAGUUCAAUAACUAUUCAAAAUGGCGGCAGGCAGAUGUUUUCUUUUUCUUUUAUGUUUUCACCUUAUAGUGCGUACAAAUUUCACGAUAUUUUACUAAAUUCUUACUAAGUCCAACAGUCGUGGCUAAUUUUUUCUUUAACGUUUGAACCUAUGUAUACGUCACCGUUAGAUAGUAAAAUACGUUAGAUUAUAAUUUCACUCGUGAUAUUAUAAUCUGCCGUUAUAUUGUAAACUGAAAAUAUUGAUUACAAUUUAACGCGUUAUUUUUCGGUAUAGAAUCUAUCGGAAGCGGACAUAUUGUGCGUUUAAAUAAAAUGGUGUAUUUCCUAACUAAUUUUUAACACUUAAUUAUAAACACUGCUCUUCCAUUUAUAAAAUGUUGUUAUUGUUAAUUAAGUAUAAUUUAGUCAAAUCUAAAGUUAGGUUAGGUUAACAUAACAAAUCGGGUGCUCGGUCGUAUGCCGGACACUUAGGUCAGUCUUUAGGUAUAAUAAAUAAUAAAUAAACAUGUGAUGUCACAAUUAUUGAAGUAUUUUAUUUGACUGACAUAUGUGGUUCAUACCUAACUCUAUGGACACAGAAUGGUCUGCUGUAAGGCCGACCAAUCAGGGGCAGGUUCGGACAGUUGACGUUUUAAGAUUGCAAUUUAACGGUAUCACUUCCGAUAGAUUAUAAUAUACCGAAAAAUAACACGUUAAAUUUUAAUCAGUAUUUUCAGUUCACAAUAUGACGGCAGAUUAUAAUAUCACGAGUGAGAUUAUAAACUAACGUAUUUUACACUUUAACGGUAACAUAUACAUAGAUAGUCUUAAAAAAGUGUUUAUCUGAAGGCAGAUAUUGACUUUUAAAAUUAAACACAACGUCGAGUUUCAUAUAAAACAUUGAAUACCAAGGGCUAUGAAUCUAUGGAGUGCACAUCUUAUAAUAUGCUCUAGUAUUUCAGACCUAAUAUGCAUAUGUCUGAUAUUUUAUAUAAGAUUUCUUAGUAUUUUUUUUAUAAAUAAAUCAAAGAAGAUUAUUUUUUAAUUUUAUAAAUUUAUUUUAAAUACAUAUUUGAAAUUUAUCAUUUUAGUGUGAUAGUUCGAUACUAUUAAAAAUGUGAUAAAUAGCAAAUAUUUUACAAACAGGUUUAACUGAAGUGUCUAUCCUUAUAUAAUUUUUCUACUUUAUAGAGGAAACUGCUUUUACCAAGUUUAAAAAAACUUACAUGAUUUUUGGGUCUGGUUUCUACAUAUAAAAUUUUGAUUUAUCUUUUGGUUCAAUUACAGGAGAAUAUAUUAUUUUUGAUAAAAGUAUGCCUUUGUAGAAUUUAAAGCAAUUUUUCGAAUUUCCAAGAAAAAUGGCUAAAUGGGUUAAACUGAAACUGAACUUAAAAUUUGCGUAUUUUUUACGUUUAAACAGAAACCCCAAAAAAAUAAUAAUGAUUUGUCCUUCUUAUGUACUGGAAGUACUCGUAACGUAUUUUUAUAUUUUGAAAAAUAAACAACUCACGAGAAUUAUCAA